GUUAGAUCAUAAGCCAAUGUUUGUUUGGUACAGUGUAAGUACCAAGAUUGUAAGGCAACUGCAAAGACCUCAACUGCAAUUCUUGCUCAGCACUCUGAUCAAGAUUUGUCAUGAGUGAUUCACAGGCAGUAAGAUGGGGCUUCUGUUGCGCUGGCAAAAUAGCCAACGACUUUUCAAUCGCCAUGGACAAAGUCACCUCAGAGAGUGAAGGAACUCACAGGAAAGUGGCAGUGGCUGCUAGAGAUAAAACUAAGGCAGAAGAGUUUGCGAAGAGACAUGGGUUCGAGAGAGCGUAUGGGAGCUACGCCGAACUGGCUCAGGAUGCGGAAGUAGAGAUUGUGUACGUGUCUUCUCUACACCCUCAACACUUCGAACUGUGCAAACUAUAUUUGGAGGCGAAUAAAAAUGUGCUGUGUGAGAAGCCACUGACAAUGAAGUUGUCUCACACUGAGGAGUUGGUUCGACUAGCCAGAGAGAAGGGACUGUUCUUCAUGGAGGGUUUCUGGUCCAGAUUCUUCCCCGUGUACCAGAGUGUGAAGAAACACGUGUCCAAUGGAGAUAUAGGAACUGUGAAUCAGGUGCAUGCACACUUCCACGUGCCCACUCCAACGGAGAGGAUGGUUAAAGAGCACCUGGGAGGCAGUGCCUGGUUCGACAUCGGAGUAUACUGUUUGAAUCUAGUCGACUUCCUCUACGAAGAAUUUCCCAAUGAGAUCCAAUCAGUGUCUAGUCGCUUAUCGGAGACUGUAGAUAAAGAUUUGGCGGUCAUCCUCAAAUACGAAGGCGGAAGAUCUGCCAGUCUGUCUACCUCCAUCACGUGCCAUAGACCCAACUCAGCUGUGAUCUGUGGCACCCAGGGCUACAUUGAAAUCUCACCCCCUUUCUUCCACUGUGCCACCGAGUAUCUCCUGUUCAAGAAAGGAGACACUCAGCCAACCCUGCAUUCGUUCCCUCUAUCUGAAGAUAGAAUCUCAGAAUAUAUCUAUCCAGCUGGCGAGGGAUUCAAAUAUGAAAUUGAACACGUAAGACACUGUCUAAAGGAGAAGAAAGUAAAAGAGAGCCCAGUUAUUGAUCUGGAAGCCACUCUGAGACUUGCCAGAGUGACGGACGAGAUAGUCAAACAGGUCUUAGCCAAGCCAUUUACGAAAGAUUAGACUGGCGUUACGACCUAGAUUUUAGUCUUCGUAAUUGCGAAAAAGAUCUCAGCUCGAAUUUUAUCGGUGCUACAAUGCCCAAACAACUUCGAAAAUAAAUAACGUGAUGCUAGUUUUGCCGAGCAAAAAUAGUUUUUAUUUAUAAAUGUAGAUCUUAUCAAAAAGAGAAUAUUGAUUCAUACUAACUUAAUGGCAGAUUUCCCCCACCGGUGCAUUUUUUGGUGUUUUACUCUGAUACCUGAAUAUGACGAAUGCCUGCCAAACAUAAAGGACAAGAAUU